GGAUUAUCUCGUAGUAGGAUCCCCAAGGAUGACGAGACUUUCACUACACUAUGUAACAACACAGCUAUACAUUGUGUCCGUAAAGAAACGAUGCGUUUUCGAACGAAAAGACGAGGUCUACAAUGAAUCACAAGCGCCAUCGUCGACGGAGUCCUCACAGCCCACCCUCUUCUCGCUGGGCACCGUCCAUAUCCAUGCCGAUGCUUGGCUGGGUCCUGGCGGUACUCUUGGUGCGAUCGGUUGAUGCUUUCUUGCCACUUUUCUAUCCUACGAAAAUCCGGACCACGAGUCGGAAUGGUCUAGUGCGUUCUGCGGAACGAUGGCAACAGGGUGAUCGUUCUGCCCGUUCCGGCUCGCCUCCCGUUGGUACCACAACGAAACCCCGUCUCGCCGCUGUAAACCGACCUACCCAGCUUCGAUGGAUCUUCCAGAGUAUUGUAAAGUUACAGCAGCAAAGCCAAAGUAAUCCCGGACCCGAGGCACAACCCUUGCUGGACGCUGUCGCUGGACUGGUCCAAGCGCAUUCACCCCAACAGGUGUUGUAUGCCGGAACCAUGUUGACCGCACUGGAUCUCUCCAGACAGCCCUUGGCGAUCCAAGAGCGUGUCGCGAAGGCUACAGCCAUGACGGGGUUACUCCAUAUUGCUUUAAACCUUACCGACAACAUGUUGAAGGAGAAUAUACUGCCCUCGGAGGUGGCACAGGAUGCCGUCAGCAGCGGAUUACGUCAAACGGGUCGCGUACAUCGGUUGGAACGAUUUUUACUGGAAGUGGGACGCGUUGCGAUAUUACACAAGCAACACGUCAGUCAGUCAUCCUUUAACCUAUACUUGGCUGCUCUCUGUGACGCCGCAACGGACAAGGACCCCGAGUCGAGAAGGGCUCCUCAGAAUGGGGUGGUGUUGAUGGACCGAGCCUGCCAAUGGCUUUCGCCGAAGUCUUCGUCGCACCAAACGCAAGCUCUCCUCGGUUUGAUGCCGGAUGCGGUUUCGUAUGCUACGGUGCUGCACGCCGCCGCGACGUUGGACAAUCACACACUCUCGCGUCACGUUUGGACGUACGCGCAACAGUGUGGGGUUUCUCCGAACAUUAACGCCUACAACGCCCGGCUAGCCGCCGUUCCUAAUGACACACAAGCCUUGCAACUGUACGAGACAAUUCUUCAGGAUCGACGUGUGCGGCUGGAUCGCUACACGAUUGAUCUGGUUUUACUACCUUUGGUGCGAGCGGGUCGCAUCGGAGAUGUAGAGUCUCUUUUGGAUAGAUUCGUUUCGAAUAAUUCGGAACACGUUGUGUCUCAAGGCUUCAGCGCCUUUUUGUCUACCAUCAUCCGGGGAGGAGAUGUGGCGUCGGCUCGAGCCAUUUUUGAUACGUACAUGCUCCCGACGCUUGCCGCCGUCAUUGAAACGGAUGCCGGUUCCAUGCGAUUGGUGCGGCCGCAAACGCGACACUUCAAUAUACUAUUGGAAGGAUACCGGAAGAAGUAUGUCGGAUCUCGCGAGAGCUCUGCCUCAAGUGAAGUGGACGAUGCAACGGCCGUCAUUUGUGAGGAAGGCUGGCAGCUCUACGCAUUGAUGGUAAACUCUUCUAGAAUUGUUCCCGACCCUUUCACAGUCACGUCGAUGAUGGGAUUGAGUCGUUCUCCUUCAGAAUUGACAGAUAUUCUGGACAACGCAAUUAAUGGCUUUGGCUUGAACUGCUCUUCCGUAGUCCUUCGUGCUGCUGUCACAGCGUAUGGAGAACUAGGCGAUCCAGCCAGCGCUUGUCAAUUAUUCGCGGAUUAUGUUGAGCAGCCAGUUUCCACUAGAAACUGGAAUGCGUUGCUCGGCGCAAUUGCCAUGGGAGCUGGCCACAACGCGACAAAACGCCUUGACCUUCUUUCAGCGAAUGUUGCAACGAAAGUUGGAAGAGACAAUUCUGGUAAAUCUAAAAACAAGAUCUCUGAUUCCAUCCAAGGCCUUUGGUGCUCGGAGGCAGUCAAACACCUGCUCGGGGAAAUUCCUGAUCCGACUUCACAGACAUACUGCAUCGCCGCCAAGGCACUUCAAUAUGGAUCAAGCAAUGCCAUUACAGCCGAACAGUUGUUUCGCAACGCAACCUUGGCCGGUAUCUCUGCGGACGGACGCUUUGUAAACGCCGUCCUAAGAUGCUUUGGCGGCAAUGUUGAUGCCGCUUUGAAGUUCUGGAAGGAUGACUGUAGGGGGGCCUGUAUUCAACACGAAAGUCGAGCACGUUUCAAGUCGCCAUCCCGGAGCAAAGGAAAGAACCUAAUUGCUGCUUACAAUGGUCUUCUGUACGUCUGUGGUAGGGCGCUUCGUCCCGAUGUUGCACUUCGCCUUGUCUAUGCCAUGUCAAAGGAGGGACUUGAACCUGAUGAAUUGUCUCUAAAUUGUUACAAAUCGGGCAAGAAAAUACAGCAGAACAUGCCAGCAAAUACGAGGGCAAAACUUGCUCAAAGUUUGAAGCAAACGCUGAACUUGGUCGAUUCAUAUGAGGCUCUACUCUACAUAGAGUGUAUGAAGUAUGACCAGAACGACAGACGACGGACAGGAGAGAAAAGAGUCCGAAUUAUUGUAUAA